AUUUGAUUUGGGAAUGGGAAACAUUGAGUUUAUUGCACUUUAAACUAUAGGUAUGCCAUGGGCAUCCAUGCUGUGGCUCCUGUCAAAGCGAGCAUGCAACUCAGCAUUUUGCAUUGACAGCUUUACCAAAGCAAUCCUUUGAAUAUGUGCAGCUACAGAACAGUCUACUCUUCAAACAAAAGAAGGACCAUUGACAUCAUGCAUACACAUAGUGAAAAGUCGGACACACCAGGGCCCCUGCCCUAACCAGUUCAAGUGUAUUUGUUUCAGGGACAGAGGAGGUAGCAUUUAAAGGAUUUUGCCACCAUCAACAAAAAAAGGGCAACAGAGGUUGUCUAUUUCUCUUUUGCCUCUUAAUAUCUCUCUCUCCCUCUCCACUCUCUCACUCCCUCUUUCCCCAGAGGAUAAGCAAAGAGGGAUUUGGAUUUGCCUCAGAAGCAACAAGGUGUCAGGAUGUACAGCUUUAUGGGCGGCGGCCUGUUCUGUGCCAUUAUUGGGAACAUCCUGAUAGUGGUUUCCACAGCGACAGACUACUGGAUGCAGUAUCGCCUCUCAGGCAGCUAUGCCCACCAGGGCCUGUGGAGGUACUGCAUGGCCAACAAAAGCUACAUGCAGACACCAAAUAUAGCAUACUGGAAUGCCACACGGGCAUUCAUGAUCCUAUCGGGAAUGGCGUGCUUUGCAGGCAUCAUGGCAGGCAUCCUCUCAUUUGCCCAUUUUUCUGCCUUUGAGAGAUUCAGUCGUUCCUUUGCAGCAGGAAUCAUGCUUUUCAUCUCCACUUUGUUUGUGCUGCUGGCUAUGGCAAUCUACACUGGCGUAACCCUAAGCUUCCUGGGAAAGCGUUUCGGAGACUGGCGCUUCUCCUGGUCCUACAUACUGGGAUGGGUGGCCAUGCUCAUGACCUUCUUUGCAGGGAUAUUCUACAUGUGUGCCCACAGAUUGUAUGAGUCCAGGAGAGUGGUUGGAAGUCGCUAACCUGAAGAAGAUAAAACUCCAAGAAGCAGAAAGUGUUGGCUUGAAAAUCAUCAGGACCUUCAUCAGCCUUAAUGUUAUACCUAAACUGCAAAUCACACUGACAAAUUAAUAGUUUAAAACAUCAUUAAAGGCCUUUUUUACACAUGCACAUAUAUUUGUAUAAUUCUGCAUAGAUAAAUAUACCAGUCUUCACAAAAGUUUAUUUCACUUUUCAUAAUUUUUUUCAAUAAAAUUCCACAUC